UUGCUCCAGGGAGAGGAGGGGAAGAGGGAGGGAGGGAUCAUGUGUCAUUCUCAGGAAAUGAAACUACACGUCUAAAGGGAAAAUUUCCCCGACCGUUAGUUUCCACAGACAACACAGACAUCUCGGCAGACAUGGCCUCAGCCAGCAGCCUCCCAUGUGAAGAACAGCUCCUGUGUUCAAUCUGUCUGGAUGCAUUCUCUGAGCCUGUCUCUACUCCAUGUGGACACAACUACUGCAAGACUUGUAUCACAGGGUACUGGGCCAGCAGUGACCUGACACAGUGUCCCCUCUGUAAGAAGACGUUCCGCAGUAGACCACAGCUUCAGGUCAACACAGGUUUCAGAGAUAUGGUGGAGCAUUUCAACAACAUGAGGGUGAGGGGUGAAGAUGACAUGCUUGCCAAACCAGGGGAGGUGCCCUGUGACGUCUGCCUCGGGCCGAAGAUCAAGGCCCAGAAGACGUGCCUGGUGUGUUUGGCCUCGUACUGUCAGCCUCACCUGGAGCCUCAUCAGAGAGUCACAACCCUUAAGAAGCACCAGCUGAUCGACCCUGUGUCAAACCUAGAGGACAGGGUGUGCGAGAAGCAUGGCAAGAUGUUCGAGCUCUUCUGUCGCGUGGACCAGAUGUGUGUUUGUUUCAUGUGCUUGAAAGACGACCAUGCAACGCAUGAAGCUGUCCCGUUAGAGCACGCGUUCAGAGAGAGGAAGGCCUGGCUAGACUAUGCGACGUCAAAGCUCAAAAUGAUGGAAAACACUAAAACCAGGAGUAUUAAGGAAAUCAAAUACUCAGCUGAACAGAGCAAGAAAGAGUCAGAGAAAGAGAUAGCAGACAUUGCUGAAGUUUUCACUGCUCUUAUGGUCUCUCUGCAAAGAAGCCAGGCUGAGCUGAUAGAGUUGAUCGAGGAGAAGCAGAAAGCAGCAGAAAAGCAGGCUGAAGACGAUGUGACACAGCUGGAGCAAGAAGUCGCUGAAUUGAGGAGGAGAAGAUCCGAAAUGGAGCAACUUUUACAAACAGAGGAGCACCUCCACCUCCUGCAGAGUUGGCCAUCUCUCUACUUGCCUGCUCACACUGAGGACCUAUUCAACCCUCUGCCCCACUCCACCCCUCCAUUUACACUAGAACUCUCUGACAUCAGUCGACACAGUUAUGUGGGGAUGGUGACAAAAGCAGUGGCUCAGAUGGAAAAGACACUCAGUAAUGAGAUGGCGAAGCUCAUUCAUGACGUAAGGUUAUCUGAUGCCUGUGAGGCUGCUGAACAACCUGAUGCAGCCGAAAAACUGAUGACAGAUGAGUUAACUAAAGAAGUGUGGAAUCCGCCUCAGGACAAGCUGAUGAUGAUCCAGCAGUGCGAUGCGGUGGAUGUGACUCUGGACGCCUACACAGCCAAUUCCAGGCUCCAGGUGUCUGAGGAUGGGAAACAACUGAGAUUUCGUGAAGGCCGACUGUUUUUUCCUCCAUUAUUUGGGAGAAGAUUUGAAUAUCAACCCUUCAUUCUUGGGAAAGAUGGUUUUUCCUCAGGCAGGUUCUACUAUGAGGUUCAGGUCAGUGGGAUUAAAGCCUGGCUCUUGGGAGUGGUCAUAGAGUCCAUUAACAAGGAGAUCCCUUGGUUACCCACCCCUGAGGAGGGAGGCUGGACAUUUAGUGGAAUCUCCACUGAAUUCCAUGAGGUAUAUUUUCCUAAUAUUGUUACCUCUGCUCCCCUGUACCUGAGGCAAAGGCCCCAGACAGUUGGUGUUUUUGUCGAUUAUGAGAAGGGAGAGGUCUCCUUCUAUGACGUGGACGCCAGGACUCUGAUCUUCUCCCACACAGGAUGUUCCUUCAUUGAGACCCCACCAAGACUAAAAGCUUUUCUCUAUUCUAUGGCUGGCACUUCCUUAAGUAACAGACCAAAGCUCUACCCUAUUUUUGGGAUCUUCGGUGAUGAUUCUAACGACAUACUCGUAAUCACUCGUGUGGUCCGCGCAACUUGAGGUGCCAUAAGGCGAAAUGAAUGUGGAACUUCUACCAAAAUGUCAUUUCAGAUUUCUCAUUUCAUGUUUUAGCUCUGCUUGUUAUUAUUAGGGAACACACAUUAUUGGAAUGUAUAGUACAGUAUAUUUUUUGGAGCUCUAACAAAUUAGAGGCAGUAGUAAUAGUAGUAGUAGUAUCACACAUUACAAACAUAUAAUAAUAAAACUUGGUGUAAUGUAUAUAUUCUUGAAUUUAGUUCUUAGCUUUCGCUCUUUGCAGCCAUAUUGCAAAAAAUCUGAGCUGAACAAAGCAGGUAAGAUUGCUUACCUGACGGUUGGUGAUGAGAUUCUAUUUAAAUCGGGAAGAAAGGUACAUGAGUCAUACACUAUAGUUACAUCCAUGUUGAAAUUGUACCUGUAUCUGACCAGCAGAUGACACCAUUGUGUGUGUUGUGGUCCGUUUCUCAGAGACUGUUGGAGGAAACAACAAAGAGGGGACAGUGGCAGAGGAACUCAAUUUCAUCUUUGUCACUUUCAAAAAUGCAAUUAGUCCAUCUAAAGAUAAUGAAUCAAAUCAUUUUGAUAAUUGAUAAUCGUUUAAGUCAUUUUUUAAUGCAAAAAUGCCAACAAUUAUCUGGUUCUAGCUUCUCAAAUGUGAAUAUUUGUUUAUUUUCUCAGGCUUAUAUGAGAGUAAACUAAAUAUCUUUUGGUUUUGAAGUGUUGGUUGGACAAAACAAGCAUCUUCAAUAUGUUAAUUUGGGCUUUCCGAAAUUGUGAUGGACAUUUUUCUGUGCUUUUUUCAAGCUUUUCUGUGAUUUUAUAGACCAAACAAUUAAUCGAUUAAUCGAGAAAAUAAUCAGCAUAUUAAUCAAUGAUGAAAAUAAUCGUUAGUCGCAGCCUUAAAAGGUUUAACAUUGGGCUCAAGGUUAGGCUUACAUACAGUGGUCUGUGGGGAUGCACCAAGUUUGCUGUUGACAUUACUGAACAUCUACUUUUUCUCACCUUUUGAUCAACCUCUUGUUAAUCAGUGACUUCUUUGAAUUGUAGUAUUCAAUUGUGAGCAAUUUUGAAGGCUAAGAGAUCCAUCUGGCAUACAUAUCUGAUAAUGAGCUUCAAAACCAUUUGUUUGAUAUGUAUCUACUAUGCAACUGAUAUGUAUUAUACUGCUUAAUAAAAGUGCAUUUCUUAAAAAUGUA